GUCUGGCUAGCAUGCCUCUUCACUGCCACAUUCGCCCAACAACCCACUACCUGCAUCAAGCCCCAACCCACCUCCCAAGCUUUCUUCGUCAUGGGCUGCGGCAAGCCCAUCACCGUCGACCGUCUCGACCCCAUUGUCUCUCCCGGCCGCCCUUCUCAGCACCUCCACACAGUAAUGGGUGGUUCCGCCUUCGACUUCGACUUGGACUACAACAAAACGCAGACUUCCAACCGCACCACCUGCGCCGUAUCCAAGGACUUAUCCAACUACUGGGUACCCACCGUCUACUUCCACCAUGCGAACGGCUCCUUUGAAGCCGUGGAGCAAGUAGGCGGCAUCAACGUCUACUACCAAGAACGCAUGGAAUGGACCGAUUACUGCGCCGGUCGCGAGUUGCUCGCUUUCCCUCCCGGGUUCCGGAUGAUGGCAGGCGACACCACCCGCCGCGACUUCAACUCCUCCAAAGUCGAACAUCGCGCAAUCGAGUUCAUCUGCCUGCUAACCGACGGUCAGGAGGGUCUCCCUCCCUUUCAUGGGUUCCCCAACCGUACUUGCGACGGCGGCCUACAAAUCCGCAUCCGUUUCCCUUCGUGCUGGGACGGUGUGGGACUUGGCACUUUUUCUUCUUCCUCCAACUCCUCUGUCCCCGGUUCAAACUCAACAGCGAUAGCAAGCGCCUACAACUCCUCCCCCGUAACUUACCCAUCCCGCCUCGACACCGGCGUCUGCCCUUCCACUCACCCUCACCGCAUCCCCGCCCUGCUCUACGAAAUGACGUGGAACGUAGCUGCCUUUAACUCUUUCAGAUCCAUGGGAGAAAACCAACAGCCGUUUGUCUUUUCCAACGGCGACAAGACGGGGUACGGAUACCAUGCGGAUUUCUUCAAUGGGUGGGAUGUGAAUCUCUUGCAAAGGGCGUUGAGAGAUCCGAGCUGUGGAAAUGCAACGGGCGGAAGGAUUGAACAAUGUGGGACGUUCAAG